AGGGUCUUGGCUCCGACGGGCGCCUCCGCUUCCAUGACCCUCGCGAGGGAGGCCUCCGCGGCGCUGCAUGGCCCCGGACCUGGCCAUGACUUCUGCCCAGGCCCUCAGAGCCGAGGAGGAGGAGGCGGAGGAGGCGGAUGCCCCAGCCAUGGCCGGAGGAGAGGAGGGAGGAGAGAAGCCCAAGGCUCUGCUGCCCUUCAGCGUGGAGGCCCUCAUGGCCGACCACAGGAAGCCCGAGCUGGGAGUGGCCUCCUCGGCGGCCCACCGGAGGACCCUCAGCCCCAGGGAGAGGCCGACCUCGCCCCCCUCGGCCCUGGCUAACAACCACCCCUUCGCCCACCCAGAGGCACUGGCUCAAGCCGAAAGCCCCGAGAAGCCCCCGACGCCCUGGAUGCAAAGCCCCCGCUUCUCCCCGCCGCCUCCAAGAAGGGCCAGUCCCCCGGCCUGCACUCUUCGCAAGCACAAGACCAACCGCAAGCCCCGGACGCCCUUCACCACAGCUCAGCUCCUGGCCCUGGAGCGCAAGUUUCGGCAGAAGCAGUACCUCUCCAUCGCAGAGCGGGCCGAGUUCUCCAGCUCCCUCAGCCUCACCGAGACCCAGGUCAAGAUCUGGUUCCAGAACCGCAGGGCCAAGGCCAAGCGCCUCCAGGAGGCCGAGCUGGAGAAGCUCAAGAUGGCAGCCAAGCCCAUGCUGCCCCCGGCUGCAGCUGCCGCCUUCGGCCUUUCCUUCCCUUUGGGGGGGCCCGCCAUGGCCACAGGGGCCUCUCUCUACGCCUCCGGACCCUUCCAGAGGGCCACCCUCCCCGUCACCCCCGUCGGACUUUAUGCUGCACAUGUUGGCUACAGCAUGUACCACCUCACCUAGGCUGCAUCCGCACUGGGGGAAUAACCCGGAUUCAUCUCGCUUGAAGUGCUGCGGCUCCAGGCUCCCGAAUUCUGGGUGCUGGAGUUUGUUGCGGCACUCCAGCGCCCAGAAUUUGAGAGCCUGGAGCCGCACCACUUGAAGCGAGAUGAAUCCGGGUUAAUCCCCGCAGUGCGGAUGCAGCCCUAGAGGUUCUUCUCGGUAGGAGAGGCCCCAAGGAUGCUUCAGCCCUCCACUCCUUUGGUUCUUUUGCCAUGCCCUCCCUUCCCCAGCUCCGGAAAGAAUUCCUGUGUACUGGUGUAAUAUACUGUACAGUUGAAAAUUUAUUAUCGUUUAUAUUAAUAGCUAUAUUUGA